AAGCAACCUGAGGGCCCGCUCUAUCCCCACUGGACUCUAUCGUUUUAACUCUUCUCAGUCAGACUCCUUUUUAAAGCGCUCCAAGCGGUGGUCUUCUGGCACAAUCUCAGCUCUCCUGCUUGGCUGGAAUGCCACUUGAUAGUGAUAGAAUAGGAGAGAGAUCUAUCUAUGGCUGGCAAACUCUUUCCAUUAAGGCUGCUGAAUGUAGUGGCGGCAAACUUGAAAAAAAUGUCCUCAGAUGCAAAGGAUGCAGUUCUCAAAGAUAAGCGGAGUAAAAUCAUGGCUAGAGGACUUCCAAAGCAAAAGCCAAUUGAAGGAGUUGAACAAGUACUGGUUGUAGCUUCGGGAAAAGGAGGUGUGGGAAAAUCCACCACUGCUGUAAAUCUAGCCCUUGCACUGGCAGCAAAUGAUUCGACAAAAACAGUUGGGUUACUUGAUGCAGACGUAUAUGGGCCUUCCAUACCAAAAAUGAUGAAUCUGAAAGGAAAUCCAGAAGUAACACCAAAAAACUUAAUGCGGCCUCUUGUGAACUAUGGAAUUGCAUGUAUGUCUAUGGGUUUCUUGGUCCAAGAAACUGCACCUAUUGUGUGGAGAGGACUCAUGGUUAUGUCAGCCAUCGAAAAAUUGUUGAGACAGGUUGACUGGCAUCAACUGGAUUAUCUGGUAAUUGAUUUGCCCCCUGGGACAGGAGAUGUACAGCUAUCAAUCUCACAGAAUGUCCCGAUUGCAGGGGCUGUGAUUGUAUCUACCCCUCAGGAUAUAGCUUUAUUGGAUGCACGCAGAGGAACUGAAAUGUUUAGAAAAGUGAAUGUGCCAGUUCUAGGACUUGUUCAAAACAUGAGCAUUUUCCAGUGUCCUAAAUGCAAACAUGAAACCCAUAUUUUUGGAGCUGAUGGUGUGAAAAACUUGGCCAGUGAACUUGGACUGGAUGUUUUAGGUGAUAUUCCACUGCAUGUCCACAUAAGAGAGACAUCUGAUGCUGGCAAACCUAUUGUAGUUUCUCAACCACAGAGCAAUGCGGCUCAAGCGUAUUUGAAGAUUGCUGCUGAAAUUGUGAAAAGGCUGCCACAUCCUCCAACUUAAAGCCAUCCUUCUGAAGAGCUCUAGCUGGGAUGUUGCUGUCUGAAAUGUGACAUAGGAAGUGACUGAAUAAAUUAUGUUCAAUUAUGAAAUAAUUCAGAUUUGUAUUUUAUGAAUAAAUAUUUGAUUGCAUAUCA